CGUCGAGCCGCCCCCAGCCGGGCGGCCGCCGCAGAGCAUAGCAAUGGCGGAUAUGGAGGAUCUCUUCGGCAGCGACGCCGACAGCGAUGCGGAGCGCAAAGAUUCCGAUUCUGGAUCCGACUCUGAUUCUGAUCAAGAGAAUGCUGCCUCUGGCAGCAACGCCUCUGGCAGCGAGAGUGACCAGGACGACAGAGGCGACUCAGGCAAGCCGAGUAACAAGGAGCUGUUUGGGGACGACAGCGAGGACGAGGCCGCCUCUCACCACAGCGGGAGUGACCAGGCCUCCGAAAGGUCGGACAACGGAACGGAAGCCUCGGAGCAUUCCGAGCGGGAGGACAUCGAGCCCUCCGACGGGGAGCAGCCCAGCGGCUCGGAGGGCCCCAAUGAGGACGAGGACGAAGGCGCUCGGUCCGACGCAGGGAGCCGUCGCUCAGAAGCGGAUGGUUCCGAGAAAGCUCCCUCGGACGAUGGGAAAUGGGACGGAGAGGAUAAAAGCGAUCAGUCCGAUGACGACAAGCUGCCGAAUUCCGACGAGGAGGAGGAGGAGGAGAGGGCACCAGAGUCCGAUGACGACAAGCUGCCGAAUUCCGACGAGGAGGAGGAGGAGGAGGAGAAACUGCAGAACACGGACGACGAGGAGCGGCCCCAGCUCUCGGAGGAGGAGGAGAAGGCCAACUCCGAUGACGACCAGCCCCCAGCUUCCGAUGAGGACGACGACGACGACGACGCCAAGAAACAGAAUUCUGACGACGAGGAGCGGCCCCAGGUGUCUGACGAGGACAAAGUGCCGAAUUCGGAUGACGAAAGACCACGGGCCUCGGAUGAAGAACGCAGGCAUUCCGACGAGGAGGAGGAGGAGCAGGACCAUAAGUCAGAAUCUGGAAGAGGCAGUGACAGUGAAGACGAGGUUUUACGAAUGAAACGCAAGAAUGCGAUUGCGUCUGAUUCAGAAGCGGAGAGUGAUGCCGAGAUGCCAAAAGAUAAUAGUGGAACCAUGGAUCUCUUUGGAGGUGCAGAUGAUAUCUCUUCAGGGAGUGACGGGGAAGAUAAGCCACCCACUCCAGGACAGCCUGUUGAUGAAAAUGGAGUACCUCAGGAUCAGCAGGAGGAAGAGCCAAUUCCCGAGACCAGAAUAGAAGUAGAAAUCCCCAAAGUGAACACUGAUUUAGGAAAUGAUUUGUAUUUCGUUAAACUGCCCAACUUCCUCAGCGUGGAGCCCAGACCUUUUGACCCUCAGUAUUAUGAAGAUGAAUUUGAAGAUGAGGAAAUGUUGGAUGAAGAAGGUAGAACCAGGUUAAAAUUAAAGGUAGAAAACACAAUCCGAUGGAGGAUACGCCGGGAUGAGGAAGGAAACGAGAUUAAAGAAAGCAAUGCUCGGAUCGUCAAGUGGUCAGAUGGAAGCAUGUCGCUGCAUUUAGGCAAUGAAGUGUUUGAUGUUUACAAAGCUCCCCUGCAAGGCGACCACAAUCACCUGUUCAUAAGACAAGGCACUGGUCUACAGGGACAGGCCGUCUUUAAGACCAAACUCACCUUCAGACCUCACUCCACAGACAGUGCCACGCAUAGAAAGAUGACCCUGUCACUUGCUGACCGGUGUUCCAAAACACAGAAGAUUAGAAUCUUACCGAUGGCUGGUCGGGAUCCCGAGUGCCAGCGCACGGAGAUGAUUAAGAAAGAAGAGGAGCGUUUGAGGGCUUCGAUCCGUCGGGAAUCUCAGCAGCGCCGCAUGCGGGAGAAGCAGCACCAGCGGGGGCUGAGCGCCAGUUACCUAGAGCCCGACCGCUACGACGAGGACGAGGAAGGCGAGGAGUCCAUCAGCCUGGCCGCCAUUAAAAACCGGUACAAAGGCGGCAUUCGAGAGGAACGAGCCAGGAUCUAUUCUUCGGACAGUGACGACGGAUCAGAUGAAGAUAAGGCUCAGAGGUUACUCAAGGCCAAGAAGCUCAACAGUGAUGAGGUAAAAUCACAUCUCUCCCAUCCUAGGGUACCGUCUGCUCAGUUGGUAUCACCAACUCAUGAAUGAAGGGGAGCUCAUCAACUGGCAGGCAUUAGCUGUCUGCCCAAUUAGGAAGUACAGUGAGAUACAUGCAGAAUCGGGAUGUAGAGAGGGUCGUAGGAGGGCCUGGUUCAUGGCCCUCAGUGCCCAGAGGUGGUCUUUUCUCUGGGUCUUCGAAGAAUGAGUAGAAGCCUGCAGGGUGCACAGGUCAUAGUGGGGUACUACAGGUAGAUGGACAGGCUCAUGGCCUUCGUAGCUCAUCUAGAGAACUAGAAAUUGUGUAAUCUUUAACCGUGCCCUUUGACAUAAAUUGCUCUGCAGGCUAAGCCCAUUAAGUUCAAGUAGGAGUUGUCAGGCCAGUCUUUUGACUCCAGGAAUGCUUUUUAGCGCUGCCUUCUCUCGAUUCUCUUUGGUGAGCCAUCUGGUCAGGUUUAACUUAUGUUUGAAUGUACUUUAGACUUAAACUUCCCCACACUGUUUCAAAUAAAGUCAGUUAUUUUUGGAAGACUUUUGGAGCUCUUUUCCUUACGGACUGCCUCCCCACUCUAUGGGCGAAGCCUCUGAGCCACUGCUGUAGGUGCCAAGUGGGGCAGGUGCCUCUGCUCAUCUUUGUUUGCCUUUGCCCUGGCGAGUCAUCAGGGGCCCAGGAUUCGUGAUGCCGCACCUGGGUAGAAUCUCUGUUCUGCAGUUUGGGAAUGGGUGAAGGAAGGGGGGCGCCCAGUUUCUUAGAGCCCUCACCGGGAAUUUGGCCUCUUCAACUUGAAGCUAGCUUGUCUCCCACUGAGGUUUUGAAUCCCUAGAUUAGGAGUGGAGGGGAGAGCCCUGUUUGCUGGGCACAGACGCUGGGUGGAGAACUGUCAAACUGAGCCAGCAGCUCACGUGCCAGUCUCCCUGUGCUCAGUUUUAGUAGCUUUUCUCCACCGUGUCCUCAUUUGCUGAAUGCCCUCACGACGGCUUCCAGACAAGGCCAAUGCUUUGUGGUUUUGCUUUUUCAAUUUUGCCAUGCUUAGUUUUCCCUUUGCGGAGUGCACUCAUGAAACCUCUAACUGCCAUCCUGGAGUGGGAACACCUUUGGAAUUUAACUGGGCUCGCCAAUUUGGGAUUUUGUUGUUGUUCCGAAUGGAAUUCAUUGGUUACACCUUUAUUCGCCUUCUAGUUUAUGCCUCCUUUCUUCAGCUGUGUCCGAUUUCUUCACUGAGCUCUUAAGAAUUACACUUUUUAUUUUUAGAGAUCCUUUCCUUAAUUCAAACUUCCCCUUUUUUGAAAGCAUACCUUUUUUAUUAAAAGAUCAUUUUAUUGGGGGCUUUUAUAACUCUACAUCAGUUUUAUCGGGUAUGUUUGUACACAUAUUGCUAUUAUUCUUUUCUA